UGCUUGCGUUGUUCAAGCUGGUUAUCAUGUCUAACAUCAUCAUCACCAUCAUGUGGGUCGUGGCAGUCGUCACCUGGUGCCUCACCUCGCUCUUCCUCCUCUUUGCCAUGGUGGAGGGCGACACAGCAGUGGCAGCAAACCAGAUACUCCACAGCACAUCUCUCCAGCAAAACAUCCUGGGCGCGCUGCCCUGCUCUGCUCAGCGCAGCCUCGCCUCUGUGCGCCUCAGCAUCCUCGCUGCGAGCGCGCAGGCCACCAGCCUUGUCAACUCCACCGUUGCCGGCAGCUACCCCCAGAUGCCAGGAGGGCCCUACAGCUCUGUGUGCGUGCCGUACUUCCCUGCGCCAAACUACACCCCCACCACGUGCCCUGCCAACGCCAUUAGCCUGCAGAGCUUUGCUGCUAACCUGUACGGCCCGGCGAGCAGUGGCAUGGCAGUGGGGGUGGUGGAGGACAUAGCAGCAGUGAGCAUGGGCGUGGCAGCACUCACCGGUUCCCUCUCAGCCAUGGGCGCCGCUGCCAACUGCUCCUACGUCCUCGACUCCCUGCAUUAUGCCAUAGAUCAGGGCGAGAGCAUAGAGCUGGACCUGCAGCUGCUGUGGAUCGGCUUCCUCAUCCUCUCAGUGGCCUGCAUGCUGCUGUCCCUUAGCAUCCCCGUCUAUGUCUACCGGGCCGUGCGACUAGGUCCAGAGCCUGGAAAGAAGGGUGAUGCCGCCGACCCUGACAG